AUGGAGAUGGAGAAGAAGGUGGUGGUUGUUUUUGCUCUCUCAUUUGCUCUUCUUCUGGGCUUAGCCCGGAGCUUCGAUUUCCAAGAAAAGGAUCUGGAGACUGAAGACAGUCUCUGGAACCUGUACGAGAGAUGGAGGAGUCAUCACACAGUUUCUCAAGACCUCUCUGAGAAGCUAAAGCGUUUCAAUGUGUUCAAAGAGAAUGUGAAGUACAUUCUUGAAUUCAACAAGAAGGACCACCCUUACAAGUUGAAGCUCAACAAGUUUGGAGACAUGACCAACCAAGAGUUCAAGAGCAUCUACGCAGGCUCCAAAGUAAAGCACCACAGUAUGCUGCGAGGGCUUCCACGUGGGUCCGGUGGUUUCAUGUACAAGAACUUCAAAGACGUCCCUUCUUCCAUUGAUUGGAGGGCCAAAGGUGCCGUCACCCCUAUCAAGAACCAAGGCCAAUGUGGAAGUUGCUGGACAUUUUCAACUGUUGUUGCUGUUGAGGGCAUAAACCAAAUCAGAACCCAGAACCUGAUACCCUUGUCUGAGCAGCAGCUGGUUGAUUGCGAUAAAGGUGAUGGGAACAAUGGAUGUAAUGGAGGACUCAUGGAAUACGCAUUCGAGUACAUCAAGAACAAUGGAGGGAUUACUACAGAGACGAGUUAUCCCUACACAGCCCGAGAUGGGCUUUGUGAUGUAUCCAAGAUGAAUGCUCCUAUGGUAACAAUUGAUGGACAUGAGAAUGUACCUUCUAGCGACGAGACUGCCCUGAUGCAAGCGGUCGCAAACCAACCAAUAUCAGUAGCCAUUGAUGCAGGUGGUGAUGCAUUCCAGUUCUAUUCAGAGGGAGUGUUCAAUGGACCUUGCGGGACAGAUCUAGAUCAUGGAGUGGCCAUUGUGGGGUAUGGAACAACUGUUGAUGGGACAAAGUACUGGAUUGUGAGGAAUUCAUGGGGAGCUGAAUGGGGAGAGCAAGGUUACAUUAGAAUGCAGCGUGGCAUACCAGCUAAAGAGGGAUUGUGUGGCAUAGCCAUGGAGGCUUCUUAUCCCAUCAAAUACUCUUCUGAACAAAUUCCAAAGCCGACCUUGCCUCUUAAGGACGAACUCUGAGGACUUAGUUUAUCAUCAGCAUCGAUCUCUCCCUCUUUAUGUUUUUAGUUCUAGAGAGAGACAAGUGGCAUGUGUUUCUUGCAGCAGCUCUUGAAUGCUAGUGUGCUUAGGUUAGAUUGUAAAUGGAAUCCCUUGGAUUUCAUGAGUGAAUGAAAUAAAAGUUUUUAGUUGGAUCAA